GACGGAGACACGCAAGAUGUAACUCCUGGGUUCUUCUCACUUCACAAAAAGCCUCACCCGAAUCCCCAGACAACGCAAGAAAAAAGGGAAUAACAUCUGUUUAUCUGCAUAUUCCUAUGUUCAAAAAACGAGAGGAGAAAACACAGCGAUCGACAGAGGACAGAAGACAUCUCAGAGGAUGCGGAAUUAGAAAGAACAAACUGCGUCUGGAGGACCAAAGGGAAAAUAAACCUUUUCUCUGGAAUCCACCAGCGUGGAGUCACCUCACCUGUACCUUCGGAUUAAAGAACAGGGUCAUGUCCCAGUUGCCAUGCGCAUCGCCACGCUGACCUGCCUUCCCGGCCCUUCCCCCUUCCUCUUUCUAUUGGCCCAGCUGCUAGUGCGGCUCCUCCUCCCCGGGCCGGAGUCGGUGGGAGCCGCCUCCCCCUGCCCCUCCCUCUGCACCUGCUCCAACCAGGCCAGCCGAGUCAUCUGCACCCGGCAAAACCUGGAGGAGGUGCCCGAAAGCAUAUCGGUCAACACGCGAUACCUCAACCUGCAGGAGAACUCGAUACAGGUAAUCAAGUCAGACACUUUCAAGCACUUGAGGCACCUUGAGAUCCUCCAGCUCUCCAAGAAUCAGAUCCGUCAGAUUGAAGUCGGAGCGUUCAAUGGCCUCCCCAACCUCAACACGCUGGAGCUCUUCGACAACCGCCUCACACUGGUGCCAUCACAUGCCUUUGAGUACCUCAGCAAGCUGCGGGAGCUGUGGCUGCGCAACAACCCCAUUGAGACUCUGCCGGGCUAUGCCUUCCACCGCGUGCCCUCGCUUCGUCGCCUGGACCUCGGGGAGCUCAAGAAGUUGGAUUUCAUCUCUGACGCAGCCUUCGUGGGCCUCAUUAAUCUACGCUACCUGAACCUGGGGAUGUGCGGGCUGAAGGACAUUCCCAAACUGACGGCCCUCGUGCGUUUAGAGGAGCUUGAACUGUCAGGAAACAGGCUGGAGAUUAUCCGACCAGGUUCCUUCCAGGGCCUGGUGUCCCUCCGUAAGCUCUGGCUGAUGCACUCACAGGUGUCCGUCAUCGAGCGCAACGCCUUCGAUGACCUGAAAAGCCUGGAAGAGCUCAACCUGUCGCAUAACUCCCUGCACUCCUUGCCCCACGAUCUCUUCACACCGCUUCACCAGCUGGAGAGAGUGCACCUCAACCAUAACCCGUGGAUCUGCAACUGUGAUGUCCUUUGGCUUAGUUGGUGGUUGAAAGAGACAGUGCCCAGCAACACCACCUGCUGUGCCCGCUGCCAUGCCCCUCCAUUCUUGAAAGGCAAGUACAUUGGGGAACUCGACCAGAGCCACUUCACCUGCUAUGCACCGGUCAUCGUGGAGCCUCCUACAGACCUCAAUGUCACCGAGGGUAUGGCCGCUGAGCUCAAGUGUCGCACGAGCACCUCGACAACGUCCGUCAACUGGAUCACCCCCAAUGGCACACUAAUGACCCACGGCUCUUACAAGGUGCGGAUAUCCGUCCUGCACGACGGCACGCUCAACUUCACCAAUGUCACCCUGCGAGACACGGGGCAGUACACCUGCAUGGUCACCAACGCUGCUGGCAAUACCACCGCGACUGCUGUCCUAAAUGUCACCGCCGCGGAUGCCAGCGUGAACUACACCUACUUCACCACAGUCACAGUGGAAACGGUUGAGACCCCAGGAGACGAAGACUCCGCAUUGGUCGCCACCAAUGAGACAUUCAUCGGUGUUCACCCUGGGCCCACGCCCUCGGGUCAUCUGUGGCCCGGAGGCGUUCCUACAACUGCCUCCUCCCUGUCAGCAGGCUGGUCCUCCUCCUCUCCACGGGCCACCCGACCCACCUUCACUGUGCCCAUCACUGAGCCGGGCUUCUCGGGCUUGGAUGAUGUCAUGAAGACCACCAAGAUCAUCAUAGGCUGCUUUGUGGCCAUCACCUUCAUGGCAGCGGUGAUGCUGGUGGUCUUCUACAAGCUGAGGAAGCAGCACCAGCUGCAUAAACACCACGGCCCUGCCCGUGCCAUCGAAAUCAUCAACGUGGAGGAUGAGCUGGGGGCCGGGGCCAGCGGUCGAGGCAGCGGCAUCUCGGGAGGCUCCACAGUGACGCAGAGCAGAAGCAGUGGAAUAGUAGGAGGCCAGAGCCUCAGGCUACACCACCCGGAGAUAGUCAACCUGCCGAACUUGGCCCGAUCGGAGCACCUAAACCACUACUACAAAACUCAUCACUUCAACAACAACAUGAUGGGCCUGGGCAUGGGCCCGGGGUCUGGCGUGGGCCUCAACAACAACAACAACCCCUCGCCUUGCUCUCAGUCCCAGAGCACGUCCAUAUCCUGUUCCCAGGUUCCGACCAGUGGAGGAAUGGCCACAGGUGGCACCCUGCCCUCCUCUGUGCCCCUGCCCCAGUUGGGUCUCCACAGUUCUCUGAAAGGCAUUAUGGGGAAAAGCCAGAAAGAGCCCCUUCUUUUUAAGAGCAGCUCUAAGGAAAAUGUGCAAGAGACUCAAAUUUGAGCAAAAGCGAGAGUGAAAGUAAGAGGUAAGAAAUAACCAACGCCCGGUGGAGAGAGUGAGACAAAAAGAGCCGGGUAUGUGAGACUGAUUGUAGCCUACAGUCCAGAGAAGAUUAUUUUUCACACAAACCCUACUUUGUGUUGUCAGUCUGUUGACAGAAAGAAGCAGAUAUGAAGACUGAAGGUGGCAGAGUUUGGUAUCUGAUCAGCACUAGUCCCACCAACAGCAUCCGCCCAUGGUUCUAAACUUACUCAGACGCAAACAUAUACGAUGUGAACCACAGCAGAAUCAUUCCGAUUCCCGCGCAGCCUGCUAUAGUCAUUUCCAAAGUCAAGAUCAAACCAACAUGUUUCAUUUGCGUCCACAAUCAAAGUGGAAAGCUGUGAAAUGAGCAAUGAGCCUCUCUAGGUUUUCUGCACAUUUAUUUCCAGAUACAUUCGGUGUAUAUAUUUGGAGGGAGACGUACUAUUGUCCGUAGAACAUGUUGUCAGAUUAGUGUUUGGCAGAGAAACUGAACAGCAAACAAUGGUUUGGGCGAGCGGAACGGUGCCGGGUUUCCAGGAUGCACUAAAACAAAACCGAGGAAGCUAAAUUAGAGCAAUGCAGCGAUUCUGUCCGGGACACGAGCGCCAGAGUAAUAUAUUGCUGGGAGAUAGAACAGCAAAUGGUAUUUUCUUCAGAGCAGUUUCACUCUCACACUCUUUUUUUCCGGUUCACACCGUACUGUCUUGGAGAAGCAGAUUGGUUAUCAUGGGAGAAGAGAAAUUCCAUGGCAUAUACAGGACAAAGAGAGCUACAAAAAUAAUCAAAAGUACAUAUUAUAUAUACCGUAAAUAUAUUUUCAUUCAAAGAAAUAAAUUAUAAAGAAUCUUUAUCAGGCUUCUGACUGAAAACUACAACGUCUGAAGUAUAUAUAUUUUAAAAAAAAGACACAGCUGUUGCAGCGGCCCUCCAUAACAACUUUCCAAACUUGGAAUAAGAUGGCCGCUCUGACUGUGCUGCAUAAGGACGCGGGUAGGACGGUGGCAUCUGUUGAGAGGGAGCUAAAAGAAAAACCUGGCAAAGUGUUUGAGUGAAUAUAUUUUGGUCUCGCCUUUUUUUGUAGCCUCACAGAGUGUUUCCCCUCUCCUGUCGCAUUCACAUGAACAGGGUCUUUGGAGCAGGGAGAUCUCUACUCUACCGCGAAAAUAUGAAAUAUGACUACAGCUCGUCAUGAUUUGGUAUACAGUAUAGCUACAGCAUUAAUAAUAAUAAUCAUAAUGGUAAUAAUGAUAACAGGCGUUAUUUGGCAGAAUUGUCUUUUAACGAUGAACACAUUAAAAUGGUCAACAGUAAAUUAAAACAUGUGGAAAUAGUUUACUGUGCUUACUGAAAAGGUGCACAUGCUAGUUUAGCAUGUUCUAAAAAUCCAUAUAAUGUAUCACAAUGACUAUAUGACACAUUAUUGUUAUAAUGUUAUCAUUAUUAUCAUCUGUAUGACUAUUAUUAUUACUACUUGUGCCUACAAAUAGCUGAGAAGUACUGUUUUUUUCAUUUGUAUAUGACACUAAAGUAGUUUUGUGACUGAUCUUUGGACUUUGGCUAAUCGAUGGCACUGGGACGGACUCGGUGUGCCACUACAUGAAAUCCACCUACAUUAGCAGGAAAUAACCUGGCCCUCAAAAUGGAUUCCUAAGUCCAGUCCUCACUGACUCGUCUGCUCUGGUGUCUCAAGCAGACAGGACCCCCUCAUGCUAUCGGGCAUUAAAGACAGGACACGGACCUUUGAUGAAGACUGCUCCUUCGCAGGGGGAUUAUCUCACAGCUGUAUCUCAGUGUUAUCGUUUAUGAGUGGAUUUCAUGGCAACAGGGAGCUAAAUGGACGACAGGCAUUGCCGAGAAUUUUUAAAGGUAAGCAAAGCUCGUUAGUGAGAGAGAAGGUGGCAUACAGUACAGUAUACAGUGGUGAGUGGAUUCUUUUCUAAAGAAAAAAGACAAUUAAUGAAAAAAAUAUAGAAACUUAUAGAUCUCUUUUAAAAAAAUAUAUAUUAUGAUGUGUUUUUCAUUUUGGGUUUUUAUCUGGUUUGAUUAUUUCUGUUUGUUUUUUUUAAAUCAGGUGAUAUCUUUAUUGUAAUAUUGUUACUGUUAUUAUAAUUAGCUAAUUACACUGGUUAUAAUUAUGAGAGAUGUUCUGUUAGAAGAGGUCACUUUGAAAAUUAAAAUAACCUGGCACAUAAAAUGGCAAUUGAAGUCUGUGAAA